ACUUGUGCUUUUCUGCCCGUGGACAUUGACAGAUGUUGAUUUCUUUUUUCCUUUUUUUUUUCUCUCCAUAUUGGUAACAAAGCAACUAUUUUUUAUAUUUAGUGGUUCGAAAAUUGGGAAUGCCAUUUAAUUGGCAUCGAUUUUUAUUCGCGUCUCUCCCUCUCCUUUGUGUUCAUGUCUCUGACGGACGGUUCGCUUGAUGACAAUCUUCCUCGACUUGCAACCGUUUAAAUUGAGCGACCAGCCACCUUCAGGUUGUUGGCCUUCAUGCAGCUGUUGACAUUUUUUCUCCCCUUCUAUUUUGCUUUUUCUGUACUUGAAUCUGGGGCGUGAAUGGCUGAAGAGCCGGGUAUUCCUGGGGAUGGUAGAUGCUUGUUUAGAUCUGUUGUUCAUGGUGCAUGCUUGAGAUUAGGAAAGCCUUCCCCGAGCGAAAGCCACGAAAAGGCAUUGGCAGAUGAACUCCGUGCAAAAGUUGCAGAUGAAUUUGUUAAGAGGCGUGCAGACACAGAAUGGUUUCUAGAGUGUGAUUUCGAUUCAUACAUCAAGCACAUUCGAAAACCUCACACUUGGGGAGGAGAACCAGAACUCCUCAUGGCUACUCAUGUACUCAAAGUGCCAAUUACAGUUUAUAUGCGUGAGAAAAGUUCAGAGAGCCUCAUAGUUAUAUCAGAAUAUGGUCAAGAGUAUGGGAGACAAAAUCCAAUUCGAGUUCUUUAUCAUGGUUAUGGACAUUACGAUGCAUUGCAGGUCUCACCUAAUGGAGCACAAUCCAAGUGGUUCAGAAAGAGAUGAAGGACAAGUGAAAAAUCAUGAUAUAACAAAUAAAGGACUGGUUUUAUGGUACACAAGUUAAUUGUUUUCGUUUAAUUCCAUGAUUGAAGUUUGCACGGAGUCCUGUUCUUCGCAUUCACUUACAAAACAAGUGGGGACUGCUUCAAGGUGCCCUGCGGAAAAGUUUGGUAGCUAUCUCCUCUUCGUGAAGAAAGGUCCCUAAGGAGAGUCACGAAGAAAUUGGUGGCUUCUGUUUCUGUAGUUACCCUGAGUUUAUUUGCCUCGACCUCCAUAAACGUUCCUACAUUCAUUCUCGUUAGUCCAGACUUCUCUUGCCAUAAAUGGAGGAACUUUGUUUGCCUCUUCAAUACUUCAGCAAAAGAAGGCCGCCUAAAGAUUCCGGUCCAA